AACAAAUAAUUAAAAGAAGGGAGUAGUAACGUAACUAUUAGUUUCAUAACGGGAGCUUGUGUUGUGUUUUGUUGAAGUCUCUUACUUGGAUCUGAUUUCUCUGAGCCCUCAGACAGAUAUGGUUAUUCCACCCCCAGCGAGGCCUCCCAGGAUUAUAAAUUUUCUGAAACCUUAUGUUCUGAAGAUGCAUUUUACCAACAAGUAUGUGAGUGCCCAGGUGGUUCACAGCCCAACUGCCACUGUAGCCUCUUCUGCAAGCUCACAGGAGAAAGCCUUGAGAUCAAGCUUGGAAACUACUCGCGAUGUGGCUGCAGCUGCAAAGAUUGGGAAGAUACUGGCCGAACGCCUUUUGCUCAAGGACAUUCCUGCUGUUUCUAUUCACUUGAAGAGAGAACAGAAAUAUCAUGGUAAGGUUAAAGCGGUUAUUGAUUCUCUAAGGGAUGCUGGUGUUAAGUUGCUUUGAGUCAUGGUUGCGUAGAGACUAUUCUUGUUGGAUCUUAUUUUCUUUUCUAUUUUUAAGUUGUCAUUACAACAGGAAGUUACUCAUUGAACAUAUUUCACUAAGACUUUAGUUAAUUACAUUUCGAGAAAUAAGACAUUGAUGCGCAUCUCUGUUUGUUUUAUUGUUUGAAUAUGAACACAUUACAGGGACAUUUGGAUUGUAUAAUGGAAAAACAAAAAUAGAUAGCUACUUGUAAAAUGGAAUCAA